UAGGAGUCAAACAGGCUCCUGGGAAGAGAAGAAACGCCACAGUGUCAAUAAAGAAGAGCUGAAGAACACCAUCAUCGUGAAAGAUGACUGUGGGGAAAUGACACUUUUGGAGGAAUUACUGUAGAUUGGAAAGUUAUUGUUUCAAUACAGAGACAGAUCGUCUUUAUUUCUUAUUGGGCCGGAUCAGGCUGGUGAGUGAGAUAUUCUGUCCUCGGCUAAACUUGGUCGCGACAAUAGUCACUGUUAUGAUGGUGUACAAUUACAACACAGUGAGCAGUUGGUGUGAGAACUUGAAGGAACUAUAUAUAGAUUCAUGUGGUGUCCACAGUGCUGACAAGAAGGUUAAUAUUCAAAAACAAACUUGAAUCGCAAACGCAAAGGGCCUAUGCGGAUAUUUACUGAAGCCCCAAUGGGUGCUAAAACGAGAUAUUGUUUUAUAUUGUACAUCUAAAUUAUUAUUGGUUCGUGCUUUUGGAGUUUGUUUUCGUCUCAGAUCCAUGAGCCCCUUCUAUUCAUGUUGCCAUGGGCAACUACAACGCCGCACUUACAGCUGAUAUUGAAGAUUUCAAGUCCAUUGUGUCGACUCUAGAGAACCAGCGUAAUCUGUCUGAACACAACAGACUGGAGAAGAACACACUUUCAGUUAAUCAUGCUGUCGAGGAACAAGCAGGACUGGAAAUGAAUGAAGUGAAUCAGGAACCAGACCUGCUGGCCCUCAAGUUUCUUUAUAACACGGAUGAACCCAAAGACACCAAAGAACCUGUCAUCAACUGUACCUCUGCUCCAGCACUGGCAGUUUCCUCUUCUUCAUCUUCUGGCACAACAAGCACAAUCUCGCUCCCUGCGUAUCUCUCGGCGUUAUUAGCAGCUAAACCCCGACCGGCCCUUCAGGGCCCCGCCACCUUGGAGCAGAUGAGAGCAGAGCUCCGAGAUCUUCGAGAUGAACUGGAUACGCUGAGGACUCAGCAGAAAAAAGAAAUCAAACUGCUCAUGAGCGAACUGGAUGAAGAAAAGAAGAUGCGUUUGUCACUGCAAAUUGAAGUAGAACGCCUUAAGAAACACUUGUCCAAGUGAGUCGAGGUAUCCAUCGCCUGAUCAAACCACAGAUACAUCACCUUGAGUCUCAAGAGUGGGAAUGAAAAACUUUCAGAGACUAAGGAGGGAUAAAAGGGAGAAUUCGUAUCAAGAUUCAUUGUGAAAACAUAUUGCCUUACACUGCUGCUACAUGGGUAAUAUAAGAGACUGUUUUGGGUUUUAAACUUUGGAAAAUGACAUCGGUCUAUUCAAAUUCAAUCAUGUAAUGCUGGGAUGUCAGUCAUUCUAAAGCUUUUAAGAAGCUCUAAAUUAAAAAUACAGUAAAAAUAUUAUAUCAUGAAAUAUUACAA